AGAGUGUUCGGUUGGUUUGCAUGGGAAGGUAAAGAAGCCGAUCUGUUUGUUUAGUGAUGUUGACGUCUCUGUUUGUGUCGUCAGUUGCAUCUAAUCUAAUCGGAGGACUUUAGAUCAUCUUGAUCUUGGAUCGCCCACCGAAGGACCAAAGGGCAGUGCAGUUAUUCUUGGCCCAAUCUUGGACACUGUUGAGGCUUACGUUGCGGUUGCUACCGUUGGUUCGUGUGAUUGUGGCCAUUAGGUACGUGAAGGCACAAGUGAACGCGGCAUGAAAGUAAUUACUUCCGUGCAUGAUCCUGCCACAUGGAGGGGGGGAUGUUGGACAUUGGCCCCACGUGUUGCUUGCAUGUGCUAUAUCGCCGAGUGUUAAAAUGUUAACACCCAGUUAGCUCUUGUGUACCUUCGCAGCGCACAGAGUUGGUGGUAUAACACACAAGAAAAAUCGCAACAGUGCGAAGCUGGCAGGCCCACCAGAGGUUCCAUUGAUUUAUAGUCCAUAAAUUAAAAGUGAAACUUUCCGAAGCCCAGCCCAAACCCAGAGUGCGUGUGAAGUAGUGCUUGUAUGUGUGUGUGUGUGUGUGUGUGUCGUGAUCGGUGUAUGAUCCAUAAGUGCUUCGCCACCAUUGAUCCGAACGGAUGCUUCUUGUUCAUUGACUGGCAGUGUGAAUGAUCGAUCGAUCGAUUUUGUCGAACGAAUUUUCUCAGCGAAUCGAACGGAGUGAGUGCGUGGUACAGGUGUUCCAGUGCACAACUGAGUUGAAAAGUGAUCGUGCUUGAAGUUCUGCAACCUUGCGCUGCGCCUUGCAGUAAACGUGACCGUACGGCACGCGUCAUCGAUAAACGGUGUGUGUGCGUGUGUGUGUGCGUGCUUUUCAUUGUGCUGUGUGGUGCUGGUGGUCUUGACAAUCGGUGCUUUUUUCCGGCGUCCUUCGAAGUCUUGCUGCACCAAGAUCGCAGAAUGGCCUUCCUCAAGAGCAUCUGGAAAAAUAGCUCCAAGCACAAGAAAUUGUGCGAGGAGCUCGCUCUAGCGAACAGCAUUCGGGACUUUUCCGAAAACCACGAGGAACUGGAGGACGGAUCGAGCGAAGCCAUCAGCUACAGUGUCAAGUACCUGGGCAAUACCCCGGUGCCAACGCCACGGUCCGAGAAUGCUACGGCUGAGGCGGUCAAGAGCAUCAUAACAGCAGCCAAAGGCAACAAGAAACUGCAGCGAGUCUCGCUAUCAAUCUCACCCAAAGGCAUCGAAAUGGUCGACACCGGUACCGGGGAAACGCUGCUCCAGGUGUCGAUCUAUCAAAUCUCGUACUGUUCGGCCGACGCGAACCACGAUCACGUGUUUGCGUUCGUGGGCUGCACGCUUGGGUCGGAGGCGGAGGUGAAGGAGAUGUGCUUCCGACGCACGGCGGAAGAGAUCAACCUCGAGGGACCGCUCGUGUGCCAUGCGUUUCUGUGCCAGAAGCGCAAGAUGGCCCAAACCGUCACGCUUACCGUGGCGCGCAGCUUCGAGCGUGCGUUCCAGAUCUGGCAAAGCAAGCAAUUCCAUGCGGAGCGCAAGCGCAAGGAGCUGGAGGAGCGGAUGGAGCGGGAGCUUCGCGGAAGCCAGGAAUUGGUGCAGAAACAGCAGCAGCGCGAUGAAAGCGAAUGUCGCAGCUUGCUGAUCGACUUUAACUCCGAUCUGACGGAAAUUUGCUCCGAUGCACAGCACCACCGGGAGCUGCUGCAAAACACUUGGGUAUCAUUUGAAGAUGAUCAAAAACCACAAGAGUUUCUCGCGGUGCCAACAUUAACGUCCACCUCCGGCUGGAGCGGGAUGGCCAUCUGUUCGAACUGAGCACCGUGCCGGACGGAGCGACGGACUAGAAUAAGCUUCAUGUUGCCUUUCGGAUCGAUCGACCAGUGCAGAUGCAUCCGGUUUCUAAGCCAUCCUAUAGGGAUUCAAAUAGUUUACCGUAAACUAUCACUUGAACAAAGCAGGGUUCGUUUCGGGCAGGGUUUUCGUUCAUUCGAUCGGCUAACUUACUUUUGUUUCUUUUUUUAACACUCUUGUCCCAGAACGCAUUAGCAUGCAAUAGUUUGUGAUAGAAAGUUAUUUUCGUAUUUUAAAUAAAUGGUUCAUAAAUACG